AUGCAUUGGAUGAAGGUGGAGGACAUGGCGCCAGUAAAUGACACAUUGAAGGAAAUAUUGAAUGGCAAGACGAUAGCAGCUGCGUGGUUCGUGUCGAACUGUGGAGCUCCAAGUGGAAGGGACAAGAUUGCCAAACAGCUACAAAUUGAACUGCAGACGCAUGGCUUGCGUUUGGACAUAUAUGGUUCUUGUGGAACCAUGAAGUGUCCAAAAUCCAGUAUGGACGAGUGCAUGCUCAAAUUGCGGAGUGAUUAUUAUUUUUACUUGUCAUUUGAAAACUCAUUCUCGGAUGACUAUGUGACAGAGAAAUUGCUGAAUGCUCUCGACAAUUAUGCUGUACCGGUGGUGUUCGGUGGAGCAAAUUAUACUAGGUACCUACUGAACGUAUAUCACACAUUGAUGAUAACACAAAAUUCAGAGGGCCCCAAAUUUGUACAGAAGGGUGUGCAGUCGUUACCGGCGCAACGUAAGCCGCAUCAGAAGUACAUCUUCACUAGUAUGGAGUCGGCGGCUUACUAUCCAAUCUGUAAUCAGAAAUUGCUCAACUUUUUCAAUUGGACGUGGACUUACAAAUUGAAUUCUGAUCUUAACUAUGCUUACUUUUCUGUAUGGAAUAAGAAUGGGAGUGUUAUAGGACCUAAAGAAGAAAUGCAUUGGAUGAAGGUGGAGGACAUGGCGCCAGUAAAUGACACAUUGAAGGAAAUAUUGAGUGGCAAGACGAUAGCAGCUGCGUGGUUCGUAUCGAACUGUGGAGCUCCAAGUGGAAGGAACAAGAUUGCCAAACAGCUACAAAUUGAACUGCAGACGCAUGGCUUGCGUUUGGACAUAUAUGGUUCUUGUGGAACCAUGAAGUGUCCAAAAUCCAGUAUGGACGAGUGCAUGCUCAAAUUGCGGAGUGAUUAUUAUUUUUACUUGUCAUUUGAAAACUCAUUCUCGGAUGACUAUGUGACGGAGAAAUUGCUGAAUGCUCUCGACAAUUACGCUGUACCGGUGGUGUUCGGUGGAGCAAAUUAUACUAGAAACGGCCGAAACGCGAACUAUACCUACGCGCCCGAUGUCGGGACGCGCUCGGGACGCAGACAGACGCGGCUGUACCGCAGUGACGAACGGACGAUUCAUGCCGGAUGGAAUAUAUUUGUCAGCGAACACGUUAACAAUUAA